CAAACAGCGCCCCCCGACGGCGGGCUGUCUCUCCGGGCAGCUGGGGGAUUUCCUGGGCGGAAGCAGCGGAGGGGGUUUCCAGUGUGAUCAGCCCUGUCCUCCCCGUUGGAUCUCUCAACUGGAUCCCAGCGACUUCUCUGUCACACAGGACCGACAGAAGCCGGAGAGCCCGCAGAACCCUGAACGUGUAUCCGGAUCAUGAAGAGUCCGCCUGAGGCCCGGAGGCUUCGAGGCAGCGGUAGCGGCAGGUUGACGGUUUGAACCCCGGAGAGCGUCCACAGAGCCGAGAAGCUGCUGAGCUGCGCUGUGGCCUGCGGAGGAGAUUCAUGUAAGUCACGGAGACAGAAGAACCUCAGCAGAACCUCAGCAGAAGCUGACAGGAACGAGUAGAAACGGAGAACUCACAACCGGACAGAAAGACAGGUGGAGAAAAACAGCUGGAGAUAGACAGACAGACAGAGGUCAUGUCAGCGGGGAGGAGUGCUGACGGGAGGGAGGUGCAGAUUCCCCUCCAGCAGGUGGCGCCCUCCCUGGCCACGCCCCUCUCAGUGGUCCCACCAAUCACAUCAUCCUCUCACCGCCCAGCCAAUCCCCGGCCUCCUAGUGACUCCACUACUUCACAAGGUAUCCCUGCAGGUUUUCUGCCUCUUCACGGAGGAUUCAGAGAUCACUUUGUAGAAACUCCAGAAGCUAAAUACUGCUGUGAGGCCUGCAGGCUGGUCCUGUGUCAACCUCGACAAACUGAAUGUGGACAUCGCUUCUGUCAAAGCUGCAUCAACGACCUCCUCAGUCAUCCUAACCCGGUAUGUCCAGCUGACAAGGAGCCUCUGUUCAUAGACAAGAUAUUCAGAGACGUUUGCUGCCAUCGGGAGAUCAUGGCACUGAAAGUUUACUGUCGCAGUGAAGCUAAUGGCUGCCAGGAACAGAUGAGUCUGCAGCAGAUACCUGACCACCUGAAUGUGUGUCCGUUCUUUGAGGUUCCUUGUCCUUUGGGUAAAUGUAAAGAGCGGAUGAUGAGGAAAGAGAUUCCUGACCACCUGAGCUGGAAAUGUAAACACAGAGAGACCAGCUGCGAGUACUGCAUGACCAAGAUGCCUCUGACUGACCUUCAGAAACACAAAGAGACGGUGUGUCCAGCGUUCCCAGUGUCGUGUCCAAACCACUGCUCCUUCUCCUCCUUGCCUCGCAGUGAGCUGUCCACUCAUCAACAUGACUGUCCGAAAGCGCAGGUGAGCUGUCAGUUCCACCGCUACGGCUGCUCCUUCAAGGGUUUGAAUCAGGACAUGAGACAGCAUGAGUCUAGCUUUGCAGCUGAACACCUGAGAAUGAUGGCUAACAGAAACUCCACGUUAGAGAACAAGGUGGAGGAUGUUAAAGGUGAGCUGUUAGAGAGGUACAAGGUGCUUCCUGCUCUCAGCAGUCGUCUGUCUGAACUGGAGAACCAAAAUGACGAGCUGAGAGAGAAGAAUCGACAGAUGGAGCAGAAACUGGCCACCAUUCAGAAACUAAUGAGCUCUCACUCGGAGAAACUCCUGGAGGUGGAGUUGGAGCUUCGUUCUCUCCGUCUGCUGAGAGGUGAGGUGGAGAACCUGAGGGAAACGCUGGAGAAUGUCCGGACAAGGCUGAACGCUCUGGAACAAGGGGGACGCAGCGGGUCCGGAUCCACAACACAUACUCUGGCAUCCCUGGAGACUCAGAUGAAUCAACACGACGGUAUGCUGAGUGUCCACGACAUCCGAUUGGCCGACAUGGACCUGCGUUUCCAGGUGCUGGAGACGGCCAGUUACAAUGGGACUUUGAUCUGGAAGAUUCGUGACUACAAGAGACGGAAACAGGAAGCGGUGGCAGCCAAGACGCUGUCGCUGUACUCCCAGCCAUUUUACACAGGAUACUUUGGGUACAAGAUGUGCGCUCGUGUCUACCUGAAUGGAGAUGGCAUGGGCAAGGGGACGCACCUGUCGCUGUUCUUUGUGGUGAUGAGGGGCGAGUACGACGCCCUGCUGCCUUGGCCCUUCAAACAGAAGGUGACUCUGAUGCUGAUGGACCAGGGUCCGUCGAGGAAACACUUGGGUGAUGCCUUCAAGCCUGAUCCGAACAGCAGCAGCUUCAGGCGUCCUGCAGCAGAAAUGAACAUCGCCUCCGGAUGUCCCCUCUUUGUGUCUCAGAGCAUCCUGGAGACGGGCAGCUACAUUAAAGAUGACACCAUCUUCAUCAAGGUUACCGUGGAUACCUCUGACCUCCCUGACCCGUGAGCUUGUGACCCCUCGACCUCUGACCUUGCUGGUCUGUGAUCGGCUCACCUGUUAAUGCCCAGUAGAGCAAAGGAAGGAUCAGUGACAGAGGAGGAGGCUCGUCUACCUGAGAGCGAUGCAAACAGAAGAGAAGAAGAGUCAGACAGGAAGCAGCCAAUCAGAGUGAACUUUAAAGAGACAGAGACUGGAGGGCGGGUCUUCAUCUGUUUGGCUGAUGGACUACAGAACAGUGCGUGUGUGUGUGCGUGCGAGGUGGGGAGUGUGUGUGAAUGGAACAGUGUUACCAUGACAUCACCAUAGUGAUAUCACUCAGAGCCAACAUGGCUGCCGCAGCGAGAACAUUGUUGCUGCUCAUUAUUGAUGCCAUGCAUCAAGCUUUACUUCCUGUUUAUUUCCUGUUUACCAAGGCAUGCUGUUAAAUCCACUGCAGUCACAGAGGAUCUCAGAAAACCAGUGCAGACCUGUUAGUCAGAGUGCAGACCUGUACCUUGUUAUUCUAAUCUAACUAGCAUCAUUUGGUCUCAUCUCCUGUUUCCAGGUUAGGAUUUUAUGAUUGCAGGUAAAUUAUUUAAAAUCUUCUCAAUUUACUUGAUUGUUAAACUACACUUAAUGUUUCAACUCUAUUUCAUUUUCUUCAUUUGUGUCAGGUCAGAUAUCAGUUACAGUUUCACCUCUCAGUUAGGAGGAAAUUAAGAGACCUCAUCCAGUGACUUGGAUCUUAUGACAGCAGUGGAAACCAGGGGAGUCCCGGUGCAGGUUUCCAGUCAGUCUGCUGGAUUUCCUCUGUGGCUUCUGGCUUUUUCAGUGUGGACAGAAUUCAUCUGACUCAUUUGAUUCAUUUGCACAGUUUGAAAGUUGAAAGUGUGAAAAUAAAAUAUAAAACCACAAAUAA